UAGUACUCUAAUUACCAUCGGUGGUAAAUUGGAAAUGUCUUCAUCAGAUCCUUAUGAGUGUCUAGCGAAUGAGAGUAAAAUUAUUGAGAAACAUACCGAAAAAAGGCUGCAGAAUGAUCACCAAAUGGAUAAUCUUAUUCUUUUAGUCUAUAUAAUCCUCCUAACUCUCUCUGUCAUAACAAUCUGGGCUUUUAAACAUAGACGCUUCCGAUAUAUCCACGAAACAGGACUUUCAGUGGUGUAUGGACUCAUUGUCGGUCUUAUACUCAGAUAUGCUAUAAAAUCUCAGAAUUAUUCUGUAGAGACGCAUGUGUUUCCACGUAAAAAUGAUGAAGCAUGUGGUGGUCGUUUACCACCAGAGAGGCUGAUUAUUGAGCUUCCUGUUCGUGACCAAUACGGAAAGUUUAAUUUAAGCAUGUCGUUUCGGUACAAAUUUGAACAACAAUCAGAUUUUGACUCUCUGAUCAACAAUAAGGCUACGUUUGACCCGGAAUUCUUCUUUAAUGUUUUGCUGCCCCCAAUAAUUUUUUCAGCGGGAUAUAGUAUGAAACGCGGUCAUUUUUUCAAAAACAUUGGGGCUGUUCUUACCUAUGCAUUUGGUGGUACAUUGAUAUCCGCGCUAGUUGUUGGAGUCGUCUGCUACGGCUUUACCCGUGGAAUAACUUCACUUUCCCAAGCCUUACGUCUCGCAGACUGUCUUUUGUUUGGAGCUAUAAUAUCUGCCACCGAUCCUGUGACUGUUUUGGCUAUCUUUAGUGACUUGAGAGUUGAUGUCAACUUAUAUGCACUUGUUUUUGGCGAAAGUGUACUUAAUGAUGCAUUAGCAAUCGCUCUAGCUCAGUCGAUUGAGAAAUAUGGAUCUCUGUCUGCUGGUAAUUUUGAUAGUCACGCUUUCCUUUCCUCCGUGUUAAACUUUUUCGUGAUGUUUGGAGGUUCUUUUGUCACUGGCGUUUCUAUUGGCUGUGUAACAUCUCUUCUGACAAAGUUUACACAUAUUAAGGAGCAUCCUCUACUGGAAACAGCUUUAUUUGUUUUAAUGUCUUACAGUACAUUUCUUUUUGCUGAAAGUGUUGGAUUCACAGGUUAGUCACUAAUGUACUAUAUUUAUCAUGCUUCGAUGAAUCGUUUUAGUAAAG